UCAACAUUAAUCACCAUUAAUAUGGUUUUCCUACACACACAGCAGACGAUCGAGUACCUUCGAGUUGCACCGGCCGCUGUUUGGGCACUCGAUUAUUGUUUGACCCUUGAACAUGAAGUCCGUCUGUUCAGCAGCACGGGUCGUUGGAACAUUGCGACUGUCAUGUUCAUCAUAGCUAGAUAUGUUCCGAUAGCAUGGAUUGUCAGCGAGAUAUACGUCACUCUUGGGCCACACUCGGUGCAAACGUGCUUGACUACAUACCGGAUUGCUGGGACGUCCCUGCUUCUCAUCAUGCUGGCUACUGAAGGACUGCUUCUCACGCGGACACUUGCCUUAUGGCAUGACAAUAGAAAGAUAAAGCGGUUUUUAUGGGCAAGCUACUUGGUUACUGCCAUCUCCACAGUCAUUUGUGGUGCAAUUACGACACCUCUGCUUGAAAGCGCAUGUGUGCCCACAUCAACUCAGAGCGAUCUAAACGUUGCCACCAAAUUGGAGCGCCUGAUAAUGGGAGGAUUUGUCAGUACAGCGUUGUUUGAGCUCACGGUGGCUGCUAUCACAGUGUAUCAUUCAAUUCAAUUACGCUCUGAUGACAUGCACACCCUCUAUAAACUAGCCCCGACCUUAUCGAAGGGGAGUUUGGUAUAUGCGCUGUCGCUUUUUGCAAUCUCUGUUGCAAACAUUGUUUCUUUUUCCUUGCCGGUCUCGGGCGGUUAUAAUGGCAUCAUCGACGUGUUUCAAGGUGUCCUUCAUGGUAUUAUAGCUUCACGAAUUCUUUUUGAUCUGCGCGAUGCGAACCAGAGUCAAAAUGAUAGCUUUUGCCUGACUAAUUUACAGUUUGUACCGCAUGUGAUACCCACAGCUACCCAAAGCAACGUGUGAUUCACACAUGAGGGGCGGUGCCCUUGGUGCCAUUAGGCCGUCAUGUGUAAAAGUGGACAUUGGCUUGCAUCUUAACAGUAAUAAUGUACAUGUGCUGUCAUGGGAAUCCGAGAGGAACGACACUUCCAUUAUAGCCAUAAUUGCGCUGUGCUGUCCCAUGAUGGGCUUGCGAGGAUGCGGCUAUUGAGAGAUAUUGCAAUGGAGAUGACAAUCGUAUUCCCAUCCAGCAGUGCGAUCUGUUUCCGAGUUGUUGUACUCCAUGUCCUAAUCGAGC